AUGACAGAACCAACAUCUAAGAAUCAGGGAUUUAAAAAGUGUCGGAGUGCCACUAUCAGCAUUGACGGCUUCAGCUUUACUAUCGUUGCCAAUGAGGUGGGAAAAGACACCCACAGUCCACUGGCCCGCUUUGCACGCUCAUGGUCCCAGAAUGCAUUAUGUACCACUAUCGCAGCCGGCAUUGACAUCACUGACCACAAAGGAAUUCUGAUCAGCCCAAGCAGUGCUGAGGAGGUCCUGGCUGGUGAGCUGCCAUAUCCUGAUGCACCUGACGCUAUGGAGAAGACUGCUCUCAGGUUGAGAUGUCUUGUUAAGCAACUGGAGAGGGGGGAGGCAUCUGUGGUGAACCUGAAGAAAAACCUGGAGUAUGCUGCAUCUGUCCUCGAACAUGUAUUCAAUGAUGAAACCAGCAGGCGGCUGCUGGAUCCAGAGGAUGAGCUCAGUGACAUCAGGUCAGACUUUGUUCCAUCAGAAGUUCGUGACUGGCUGGCUUCAACUUUUACCCGGCAAAGGGGCAUCAUGCUACGCCGAAAUGAAGACAAGCCACGCUUCCGCAGCAUUGUCCAUGUAGUGCAGGCUGGCAUCUUUGUCGAGAGGAUGUACAGAAGAAACUCCAACAUGACUGGUUUCUGUUAUCCCCCAAAUGUCAUCACUGUGCUCAAGCACAUAGACAUGUGGACCUUUGAUGUGUUUAAGCUGAAUGAUGCCAGUGGAGAUCAUGCUCUGAAAUUUGUCCUCUAUGAACUACUCACCAGAUACGACUUGAUCAAUCGUUUUAAGGUCCCUGUUUCGGCCCUCAUAUCAUUUGUGGACUCUUUGGAGGGGGGCUACAGAAAGCACAAGAACCCCUACCACAACCUGAUGCAUGCUGCUGAUGUCACACAGACUAUCCAUUUCCUGAUCCUCAAGACUGGUAUGGUGCAUUGGCUAACUGAGUUGGAGAUCUUUGCCAUAAUCUUUGCCGCUGCCAUCCAUGACUAUGAGCACACAGGGACCACUAAUAAUUUCCAUAUUCAGACAAGGUCAGACACAGCCAUGUUGUACAAUGACCGAGCUGUUCUAGAGAACCAUCAUGUCAGUGCAGCCUAUCGUCUCCUACAGGAUGAUGAUGAAAAGAACAUCCUCUCUAAUCUUAACAAAGAUGACUGGAGGGAACUGCGGAGUUUGGUAGUGGAGAUGGUGAUGGCCACUGACAUGUCUUGCCACUUCCAGCAGAUCAAAACCAUGAAAACCCUCCUACAGCAGCCUGAAGCGAUUGACAAACCGAAGGCCUUAUCUUUGCUGCUGCACACCGCUGACAUCAGCCACCCAGCAAAAUGCUGGGAACUCCAUCACCACUGGACCACAUCCCUUCUGGAGGAGUUCUUCAGACAGGGUGACAAAGAAGCAGAGUUGGGUCUACCUUUCUCUCCACUAUGUGACCGCAGUUCCACCAUGGUGGCACAGUCCCAGAUUGGAUUCAUUGACUUCAUUGUGGAACCAACUUUCACUGUGCUGACGGAAAUGAUUGAGAAGAUUGUGACACCAGCCAUUGAGGAGGCAUCUUGCUCUGGAUUGGCCAGUUUCAGGAGCUCAAGCAAUAUUUGUGGCUGUGAUGGAAAACAUACCAGUAUGAGUACAGGCUCAGAGGCCUGCUGCUCUCUAACAACUGAGGACUUCAAGAGCUACAAGGUCAGAUGGAACCAAGAGAUUCAUCACAACAGGGAGUUAUGGAAGGCCCAGGCAGCCAAAGACCUGGAAGGAAAGGAGGGAGAAGAGGUUGGUCAGGACAAAAAGCAGACAACAGAUGUGAUAAGGUCAAGGAGAACUGUUGACGGAGCCAAGGCAGGAGAGGAUGUGGUGAAAAAAGAAGUGGGUCAACAGGAAGCUGUGGAGAACAGGAUGAAGCAGGAGGAGCAAAAGCCUAAAAUGGAGGAUGGAAACAAUGAUGUCAUGGACAAGGAGAAACCUGAUAGCUCUACAGAGAACCAGGAGCGACAAUGUCAGAAUGACCCUCAGCCUCUUUGCAAUGCGAUCCAAUACUGCAAAAGACCUGGCUAUUGCUCCAGCUCCUACCAGCUGGCAAGCUCAAAAGUUAAGGAAAUGCAUCCCUUUGAUGCCAGAGGAAAAGCCAGAAGACUGCAAAACAUCUCUCUGCGUUGCCGAAAGUGACCUUGUACAAUGACAAACCUGUAACCCUAAAAACUUCCUUUAUAUCUCUAAAAAUCUACUUGAGGUCAUCAUUGCUACAUUGUUACUGCUCUCUCCAUCUCUUUUUGCUAUGUGUGGUCCCAUCGCUUCUUUUAAGUCUCUUCACCUUUUUUGAUGAGGGGGUCUUAAUCAAAUUCAUAGGCCCUAUUUAUUAGAUAAUGACAAUAUGGUAUCUUGGAGAUGAUACAUCCGUGUGCUAUAUUGAAGUACAAAAUGUAUUUGAAUUGGCAAGAUUGAAACAUGGCAAGAAUGUUCAUAUAUAAUUAUUAAUAUAUAACCAUUAAGAUCUAUCUAUGUUUUUUUUUAAGAAUGCAUUUUUUUAUUGUAUUUGUGUUGGACUAAUAGUAGUAACUUUCUCUUGAGUAUAAGUCUGCUUUACAAUGUAUAUAAGUAAUCUGAUCGGCAAGUGAGUUCAUGCAACUAUGCCCUGAUACAAUGACGUGUCUUGAUUGUGCUCUACAUUUAGGGACUAUGUAGAGCUGAUUGUGAGUUGACUAUAUGCAAUUAGGAGUUUUAAGUUCGUUUUUAUUUCUGAAUAAAACUGGGAGGCCAGGUACUAUGUUCUGAGUGAGCUGCAGUUUCCCUCUAUCCUUUUUUGUAAAACUUCCCCAUAUAACUGAAAAAUAGAACAGAAAUACAAAUUUAAAUCUGUAUGAC